AUGGACGUGGACGUGGACAUGGACGUGGACGUGGACAUGGACGUGGACGUGGACGUGGACAUGGACGUGGACGUGGACGUGGACGUGGACGUGGACGUGGACGUGGACGUGGACGUGGACGUGGACGUGGACGUGGACAUGGACGUGGACGUGGACGUGGACAUGGACGUGGACGUGGACGUGGACGUGGACGUGGACGUGGACAUGGACGUGGACGUGGACGUGGACAUGGACGUGGACGUGGACGUGGACAAACGUGGACGUGGACAUGGACGUGGACGUGGACGUGGACGUGGACGUGGACGUGGACGUGGACGUGGACGUGGACGUGACAUGGACGUGGACGUGGACGUGGACGUGGACGUGGACGUGGACGUGGACGUGGACGUGGACGUGGACGUGGACGUGGACGUGGACGUGGACGUGGACGUGGACGUGGACGUGGACGUGGACGUGGACGUGGACGUGGACGUGGACGUGGACGUGGACGUGGACGUGGACGUGGACAUGGACGUGGACGUGGACGUGGACGUGACGUGGACGUGGACGUGGACAUGGACUGGACUUGGACGUGGACGUGGACGUGGACGUGGACGUGGACGUGGACGUGGACGUGGACGUGGACGUGGACGUGGACGGGUGGACGUGGACGUGGACGUGGACGUGGACGUGGACGUGGACGUGGACAUGGACGUGGACAUGGACGUGGACGUGGACGUGGACGUGGACGUGGACGUGGACGUGGACGUGGACGUGGACGUGGACGUGGACGUGGACGUGGACGUGGACGUGGACGUGGACGUGGACAUGGACGUGGACGUGGACGUGGACGUGGACAUGGACGUGGACGUGGACGUGGACGUGGACGUGGACGUGGACACGUGA